CCUAUCUUUGCGAAGAAUGGCGAAGCCAGUGUUCGUUUCCAUUAUUUUACUCUCCAUCGUUUGCACUCUCCACUACCUAUGAACGGAUCCCCCAUAGUCACGCAAUGCAUAUAUCUUCUAUGCCACGCAAGAUACUUACGCCUGCUCGGCUUUAAUUAAUAUUUUCAUUCUACGCCAUUUAUUCUACACCAAAUACCGCAUAAUCAUCUAGGUCUCCGACGAAGUUUCCACCGCCUAUCAUAAGGCAUUCGCUAACCUAGGUGCUAGCGUUAUCGAGAAAGAUCCGCCUCCCCUCCAUACACAAAGUGUCGCAUACUAUCACGGAUGCCUCCUCAAGCUGGUCGCGUUCAGCUUGAUUGAUCUAAAACCUCCGCUAGAGCGUAUUAUUACUAUAGACGCGGACUAGCUCAUAUUGAGGAACCUGGAUCACGCUUUCGACUUGCCUCUAACGAGUGUCUCAGCUCCAAAGGCCUACUGGAUCGAUAAUCAUACAUAUAGCAGCACCUUUAUAGCAUUUAAGCCCAGUCAAAGGCUAUGGGACAAAGCCAGUGGACCGAUGCUAUCGGUGCCGGCCGAUACGUACGAUAUGGAUAUUAUGAACAGACUCUUUCAUGAUACCUUUGAGGAACUUCCUGGAACAUAUGGUACCCUAAAUAGCCAUUGGGAGGAUAACAAUACCCCUACCUGGUUUACCUCCGGAGAACACCAAAGGGUAAAGCCAACUCUAGAUGAAGAUCUGCGUGAGCUUUUCACAAGGGUUCAUGUACUUCACUUCACAGCAGUUGGGAAGCCCUGGAUGUAUGACGUGGAAGAAUUGUGGGCAAGAAGACCAGAGGCAUAUCCAAUAUUGAUCGAGCAGUGGGCUUUUUGGAGGACUUCUGCCCUACAGCUUUGCCCAUCCGGUAUCAUAGAUCAUGUCUAAUCAUGUCUAUAUAUGUCGGAGCUGGUCGAUUUCCACAAUUCGCCGCGAAGGUGCCUGAGCUGGUCUUGCAUUUUUUGACACACGGGACUGGCCAAUUGGCGCCGUGGAGAACAGGGAAGAUUGGAUGAGCAACCUGCUGGAGAAAAAAAAGUUGUUGAACACGUACAGGUCAUGAGGCAGCUCUAUAUGAACCGACCACAGUAGGUGUCUUAUUAGUAGGCCGUAUUUGACUUAAGAUGAAUGGUGGUUUAUAGUAGUCGUUCAUACUGUAUGACAGGGAGUUGCUUAUUAUAGUAGAAUCUGAAUUCCCACCCUAAAUAUUUUGGCAGGGGAAAUGAAGUUCUGAGAGGUAACGCUUCUGAAUCAGCCGUAACGCUAUUAAGUCAGGGGUGGUAGCGGAUGCGUGUUUUAUAAAAGGAGGGGAAGCGUAUGUGAUUGGGUAGGAGAGGCAGGGUUGCCUUUUCGCACGCACAAGGGCGAGGGAAUACUGAGUCCGUAGACCCACCAAAUGGUCAGACUGCUAAUCGUC